GACAAACAAGCAUCUGUAUAACUCGGCCCCAUAGCAUGACCUCUUCACAGGCUGCAGUCACCUCGCCAGAAGUGGCAACACAUUACCAAGUCCUCAACCUCACGCCCACGCUACUCGACACACAGCAUGAUUCUACACCCCUCAUAAAGCGCGCCUAUCACCGGGCCCUCCUCCGUAACCACCCAGACAAGGUCAAAAAUUCAGAUCCAUCCUCUGUUUGCUUCACAGUCGACCAAAUCACAGCUGCUCUCAACACUCUUUCCGACCCUUCCUGUCGGGCAGCUUACGACGCCGUUCUGCGGGUGUCUCGUCCAAGCGAGAAGAGGGAUGGCUCUUUUCAGACUGGCGUGGAAAAUGUUGACCUAGAUGAUCUGGCAUUUGAUGAGGAUCAGGAAUGCUGGUACCGCCCUUGCCGCUGUGGGAAUGAGCACAGCUAUGAGUUUUGUGAAGCAGACUUGGAAGAAGUGAGUGACGAGGGGGAGCUUGUGGUUGGUUGUCUUGACUGUAGUUUGUGGCUUCGAGUUCACUUUGCCGUUAUUGAGGAGGAACAACAAUCUCAUCCUUCAAAUAAAACUUUGAAAGAUAAGACUUGACUCUGCGGCGUUCUCAUAAGCAGAUUACGGUUGAACCAACCAUGACAGAGAGUGCUCUUAUCUGCAUAUAUCUUGCCGAGGGCAUAAACUAACCAUGCCAGGAUCCAUGAUCCAAGAACCCGGCCUACAAUCAAACAAGAUACCUUGUACCAUAACAUAGUAUUGUUCCUUGCGAGCCAAAACAAAAACAAAGAAGAAGAAAAACCCAUGUCGUUUUCUUUAACUGCGUCAUCACUAG